AAGCUUUAAACAUUACAAUCGAGAAGCUUUCUAUAAUGAUAUAUCGCAAGCUCCGUGGUCUGUUAUAGAUGUAUUUACUGACAUUAAUGACAAAGUAAAUGCCUUCAACACUAUGUUUAAUGAUAUAUUAAAUCAACAUGCUCCAAUAAAAUCCAUCAAGGUAAAAGGGAAACCAAAUCCUUGCGUUAAUGAAAACAUUUGUGCAUUGAUGAAAACAAGAGAUCACUGGCGCAGGCUUGCCCAAAGGUCAAAUGAUCCCUUGGCGUGGUCUGCGUACAGAAAUUUCGUGGAGAAGUUAAGCGUGAAAUUAAACUAGCCGAGCGUGAAUUUGUAUUAAACCAGAUAGAGAAAGAUCCAGGUAAUUCUAAUAAUAUCUGGAAAUCUAUCCGCUUAUGCAUUCCUAAAAAAUCGUCUUCGCAAAGAAUUUUCAGUCAAGAUGAAAAAACCGUAGCAGAAGAGUUUAACAAUUUCUUUGCUUCUGUCGGCAAUAAUGCGGUUCAUAAAAUCAAUGAUUUGGCAAACGAAUUUGGGUUUGAUUGCGACCGCGACCGUUUUACACCAAGACAAUACCCUUUAACGGAACAAUUUUCAUUUAAAGAGGUCGAGCCAGCCAUAGUAGGAAGUAUAAUAUCUUCAAUGCCUAACAACAAAGCACCGGGCGGUGACAAAAUUCCCAUUCGAGUGAUUAAGGAUUGCAUUGUGCCCAUUUUAAUUACCAGUAAUAACAUCAAUUAUUAACACUUCACUAACUACGUCAGCCUAUCCUAUAGUUUGGAAAAUUGCCGAAGUUACACCAAUUCCAAAGGGAAAGGAUCACCCGGAAGUGGCGAAUAAUAACAGACCAAUAUCAUUAUUACCUGUUUUAUCAUAGGUUUGCGAAAGGGUUGCCUAUAAUCAAUUUGUAGAAUAUCUUACGUUGAAAAAGCGGCUUUCAAGUAAGCAAAGUGGUAACAAACGUGGAUUCUCGACCGAAACUUUGUUAAUUAAUAUCACAGACUCCAUACUAAAUGCUAUAGACCAAAAGAAAGUUACAUCUCUGGUCUUAUUGGAUAUGAGCAAAGCAUUUGACUGUGUUAAUCAUAAUCUUUUGAUGUCAAAGUUACAAGAUAUGGGUGGUUCACAAUCGUAUUUACAAUGGUUCAGUAGUUAUCUCUCCAACAGACAGCAGGUUGUACGAAUAAACAGUACAGUAUCGGAUGCCUUGCCUUUGACGAACGGCGUGCCGCAGGGAAGUAUCCUUGGGCCUUUACUUUUUAACAUCUAUGUCAACGACCUCUCAACUGCACCUCAAAACUGUGAUCCACAUUGCUACGUAGACGACACAGGUCUACUGCACUCCUUUAAAGCUCAGAGUAAAUCUUUUGCUAUAGAGAAUAUUAACGAGGAUUUGACUAAAGUCCGAAAUUGGUGUUUUAGCAAUUGCCUGCUUCUGAACCCUGAAAAGACCAAGUUAUUGGUGUUUGGGAGCAGACAAAUGCUAUCUAGACUACAAGACUUUUCCCUGACACUAUUGGGAAAAGAAAUAAACCCUAUCGAAAUGGCAAAGGACCUUGGCGUGACUCUGGAUGUUAAUUUAACCUACAACCACCAUAUUAAUAAGACCGUCUCCACGUGUAUGUCCAUACUGGGUCAAAUUAAUCGUGUGAAGCAUGCCUUCGACAAACGUACUCUGAUUACUAUCAUGAACAGUUUGGUUUUCAGCAGACUUUAUUAUUGUUCCAAUGUAUGGAGUAACACCUCAAAGUGCAACAUUGAGAAACUGCAGUUAAUUCAGAAUUUCGCUUGCAGAAUAGUUUGUGGUAUAAGGAAAUUUGACCAUGUCACACCAGCACUAAAGGAAUUGAAAUGGCUGCCAGUAGCUAGCGAGUUGUAUUUGAGAAACGCCACUUUGGCAUUUAAAUGCAUGACUGGUUGUGCUCCAGAUUAUUUAUCCGAACAAUUUGUAAAGCGUGGAGACAUUAGCCAGCGAUCCACGAGAAGUUCACAGAAAUUGAACAUUCCACUAUUUAAAAGUGCCACUGGCCAAAGGACUUUUUAUUAUAGAACUGUAAGCUUGUGGAACUCUCUGGAGUCUAAGUUUAAACUUUGUCCAAAUGUUGUAAGUUUUAAGAGAAGCCUUCGAAACAAACUUCUCAGCGACUUCUUAGCUAUUUAAACUUUUAAACCUUUAAACUCAUUAUAGUAA